AUGUUCACCUUAAAAUCAUUAUAUUUGUUCCAGCCUCAACGCAAAAAUGGGCCGAAGCUUGCAAGAGUUGCACGGGAAGAAGCGCGACCUACAGCGCCUACGUCGAAACAAAAUUCUACUAUUCAAUUUAUACAGGGUGGAUGCGACGUAAUGUCGUGUGGCGAGGAAGCCGCCUGUAUCCAGUUCAACAGCACACUUCAUUAUUGCGUGUGCACAUCGAACGCCGAGCCGGCCAAGGAGGACUUGAAGUGUCCUCGAAGCAUCGUACCAUUGAGUCCAAUUGCCAUCCAUAACAUCAUCCCACCAUUAACAUCGAACUCUUCAACCGAUGGAAGAUAUGCUCCUCUGCCGCCUACACAAGUACCAAAAUCCCUGGUCAGUAGUGAAGUCUUCUCAGAGACAACAGUUGGUAACACAUCUGUUGUCAGACCUGGAGGCAAUGUGGGCACUAGCGAAUAUAUUCUGAUUGGCGUAAUGUCAGGUGGAGCCGUACUCCUCUUUCUAGUAGCCUCAGCAAUAUUUCUCUACCUGAGAAGACGCAUUUGCGCCGUCGAUGGAAAAGUACAACCGCGUAUUCGACCAGGAGAGCCUCUGCUUGCUGAGCGGUAUAUAACGAACCCACAGUACGGUGUGUGCGGCGGGGGUGCUCUGGCCGUACCAGCCAAUGGCACUCUUGGGCCACGCCACACAACUGAUACCAACGAGCCUGAAGUACCGCUACUAGAUAGAAAAGCGUUGACUUUCCUAGAAGAGGUUGGAGAAGGAUGCUUUGGAAAAGUCCAUAAAGGAGUUUUACGAACUAGCAGCGGAGAACAAGUUGUAGCUAUAAAAGUGUUGAAAGAAAGCGCAGGCCGAAGCGCUGAGGAGGACUUCGCGAGAGAAGUGUCCAUUAUGUCCGCGUUCAGACAUCCCAAUAUAUUAACUCUUGUUGGAGUUGUGUACAGAGAUGAUAUAAGCGCAAGUCCAUGGAUGGUCUUCGAAUAUAUGGAAUGGGGAGAUUUAGCGGGAGUUUUACGGGGUUCUCGAGGUGGCGGGAGGUCGGGGCCGAUACUAGAUAAACCAGCCUUGCUGCACGUUGCUUUGCAAGUGGCUCUUGGUAUGCAGUAUCUUGCAGCGCGUCGAUUCGUGCAUAGAGACCUCGCAGCACGAAACUGCUUGGUUGGUGCUAAUCUUGCGGUUAAAAUAGCUGAUUUCGGUAUGUCCCGUGAUGUUUACACGUGCGAUUACUAUAAAAUGGGUGGUGAACGCCCUAUGCCAGUGCGAUGGAUGUCUCCGGAGAGCAUUGUGUACGCACGAUUUACACACGAAUCUGAUGUUUGGUCAUACGGCGUUGUACUUUGGGAAAUAUACAGCCGUGGCAAACAACCAUUCUACGGUCAUAAUAAUGACGAAGCUUCAAAACUAAUUUUAAAUGGUAUAGUUCUGGUGCCACCAGAAGAUUGUCCUAUAUUCGCAUGCGAAUUAAUGCGCGCUUGCUGGGAAGAAGAUCCACGCAACAGAAUCGGAUUCGAUGAAAUAUGCCGUAAGCUUAAGGCGGCAGCGGAAGCCGGGGGAUCUACUACUCAAAUGCGUUUGCCGAGACCACCCGCUCCGCCUCAGGACUCUUUUGGAUAUCUAAUACCCGCAAGAAAUCCCCCCGUUGACUACUUAAAGCCGUUGCCGGACCCCGACCCGGAAUCUGAUUUCAGCGAGGAUGAAGAAGAUGAAGAGGAAUACACUUGA